AGUUGCUUUCAGACAUUUAAUACAAGUGAGAGGAUGUGGCUUGUUGUUAAUUUGAGUCCAUUAACAAAAUAUUAUGUUCGUGUUCUUGCAAGUACUAAAGUUGGUCAUGGAAACUACAGUGAAAGUAAAGGAUUUUUUACAAGUGGAAGUAAGUAAUCUUAUGAACUCACUCUCACAUACUUCAUUAUCUUUGCCAGGUUUGUUUUAAUGUCUGUCUGUCUGUCUGUCAGCUGCACAACUCAAAAACUAUUAAAAGGUUAUUACUCGAAAUUUUGUGGAACCAUUAGCAUUAGCUCGGGCAGUGGACCAAGGUCAAAUCGAUCAAAUCUGAAUUUAGAUGAAAAUUUGAUCGGAUAUUUUGUAAGAGAUUGUCUUGCUUUCCGAGCCGAAAAGAAUGAAUAAGUAAUUGAUGCAUAAUUUAUUAAUUGGAUUAUUUUACUUUCGGUGGUAGUAGAGCGCACUCUACUGUAGUUGAUCAUGAUAUUAUUUUUUGUACAUCAGUAUCUGCCUCUUAUCUUUUGUAUUUCUACGAUUAUUUAUUAGACAUUUAAACAUUAGAUUUUGUACUUUUUCUUUAGCUUUCUUUCCAGACAAACCAACAAAUCUCACCGUCACUAACAUCACGUCUAGAAGUGCUGAAAUAUCCUGGCAAGAUCCUGAAAAUCAUGGGACAUAUCGUCUUUUAUCCUUUCGAAUUAAACUGAAGAAAGAAAACUCUCUAAUCCUGAACAUUACCACAGGAAAAGUGAAUAAAUAUGAAAUAAAUAAUCUCACUCCGUAUACUACAUAUGAAAUAUCUGUAGCUGCUGGAAAUUAUUAUUAUCAAUUUGGUGAAGAGAGUAAUACUUCCUUCUCAACAUCUGAAGAAGGUGAGCUGUUUUAACAAAAAGAUAUGUGUUUUACUGGAAGCCAAAACAUGGUUCCUUUAACACUGAUGCAACAAAAUGUCUACUUCAAUUAGUACACAAAAUUUCAAUAAAAACAUCUGUUUAUAUAUACACUUUAGCUCCAAGCGGUCCUCCAUUAAAUAUCAGAAUCACAUCAAGAAGUGCAUCGUCAUUGUCUUUCGCUUGGGACCCUCCUGAUAGAACUAAACAAAAUGGCGUAAUUAUCAAUUAUACAGCGUGUGUUUCAUAUUUCGAAAAUGAUCCUUGCCUUCAGUCAUUCAUUACAAGUGAAAGGAGAUGGCUCUUUGUUAAUUUGAAUCUAUUCACAAAGUAUUAUGUUCGUGUUCUUGCAAGUACUAAAGUUGGUCCUGGAAACUACAGUGAAAGUAAAGGAAUUUUUACGAGUGGAAGUAAGUGAUCUUAUGAACUCGCUCUUAAACACUUCAUUACAUUUGCCAGGUUUGUUUUAACGUCCGUCUAUCUGUCAGCCGAAAAACUUUGUAGAACCAUUGGCAUUAGCUCGGGCAAUAGACGAAGGUCAAAUCGAUCAAAUUUUGGCUGAUAAAUUCAUCUAAAUUUUAAAAAACAGAUGUUUUGAAAGAGAUUGUCUUGCUUUCCGAGGCGAAAAGAAUGAAUAAGUAAUUGAUGCAUAAUUUAUUAAUUGGAUUAUUUUACUUUCGCUGGCAGUGGAGCCCACUCUGCUGUUGUUCAUCAUGAUAUUAUUUUUUGCACAUUAGUAUCUGCCUCUUAUCUUUUGUAUUAUUAUACGAUUAUUUAUUACACAUUUAAACAUUAGAUUUUGUACUUUUUCAGGUAUUGUUUUAUUACCUAUAAAUCUCACCGUCACUAACAUCAAGUCUAGAAGUGCUGAAAUAUCUUGGCCAGAUCCUAAAGAUCGUGAAAGAUUUGGUGUUUCACGCUUUUGGAUUAAGCUGAAGAAAGAAAACUCUCUAAUCCUGAACAUUACCACAGGAAGAGUGAAUGAAUAUGAAAUAAGUAAUCUCACUCCGUAUACUACAUAUGAAAUAUCUGUAGCUGCUGGCAAUGAUUAUGGUUUUGGUGAAGAGAGUAAUACUUCGUUCUUAACAUCUGAAGAAGGUGAGUGUUAAAAGAUGUGUGUUUUACUGCAAGCCAAAACUAGGUUCCUUUGUGCACUCAACAUGUAAACUUAAGUUAUACAAAAUUUAAAUAAAAACAUCUGUUUGUAUAUGCACUUUAGCUCCGAGUGGUCCUCCAUUGAAUAUCAGAACCACAUCAAGAAGUACAUCGUCAUUGUCUUUUGCUUGGGACCAUCCUGACACAACUAAACAAAAUGGCGUCAUUAUCAGUUAUAAAGCGUGUGUUUCACAUUCAGAAAAUGGUGUUUGCUUUCUGACAUUCAUUACAGGUGAAAGGAAGUGGCUCGUCGGAAAUUUGAAUCCAUUAACAAAAUAUUAUGUUCGUGUUCUUGCAAGUACUAAAGUUGGUCAUGGAAACUACAGUGAAAGUAAAGGAUUUUUUACGAGUGGAAGUAAGUAAUCUUAUAAACUCGCUCUUGCACACUUCAUUACCUUUGCCAUAUUUGUUUUAACGUCCGUCUAUCUGUCAGCCAGAUAACUCGAAAACUAUAAAACGAUUUAAUACGAAAUUUUGUGGAUCCAUUGGCAUUAGCUCGUGCAGUAGAUCAAGGUUGAAUCGAUUAAAUUUUGGCUGAAUUUAGAUGAAAAUUGGUCAGAUAUUUUAUAGGAGAUUGUCUUGCUUUCCGAGCCGAAACGAACUGAAUGAAUAAGUAAUUGAUGCAUAAUUUAUUAAUUAGAUUAUUUUACUUUCGCUGGCAGUGAAGCGCGUUCUGCUAUUGUUCAUCAUGAUAUAGUAUAUUUUGUACAUCAGUAUCUGCCACUUACCUUUUGUAUUUGUACGAUUAUUUAUUACACAUUUAAACAUAAUUUGUACUUUUUCAGAUCUAGUUUUGUUAGCUAUAAAUCUCACUGUCACUAACAUCAAGUCUAGAAGUGCUGAAAUGUCUUGGCAAGAUCCUAAAGAUCAUGAAAGAUUUGGUGUUUCACGCUUUCGAAUUAAAUUGAAGACAGAAAACUUGCUAAUCCUGAACAUUACCACAGGAAAAGUGAAUAAAUAUGAAAUAAAUAAUCUCACUCCAGAUACCACAUAUGAAAUAUCUGUAGCUGCUGAAACUGAUUAUUAUGGUUUUGGCAAAGAGAGUAUUACUUCGUUCUCAACAUCUGAAGAAGGUGCGUGUUAAAGUAUUUAAAUUGUUUUUCUGAGAUAAAGUGUUUUUCUGCAAGGCAAAACAUGGUUCCUUUAUACAUUCGUGCCUGCAAAAUGUCUACUUCAGUUAAUACAUAAAAUUUAAAUAUAAACAUCUGUUUAUAUAUACACUUUAUAUAAUUAUAAUUAGCUCCGAGCGGUCCUCCAUUGAACAUCAGAACCACAUCAAGAAGUGCAUCGUCAUUGUCUUUCGCUUGGGAUCCUCCUGACACCAAUAAACAAAAUGGCGUCAUUAUCAGUUAUACGGCGUGUGUUUCGCAUUCAGAAAAUGGUCGUUGCUUUCAGACAUUCAUUACAAGUGAAAGAAAGUGGCUUGUUGUUAAUUUGAAUCCAGUAACAAAAUAUUAUGUUCGUGUUCUUGCAAGUACUAAAGUUGGUCAUGGAAACUACAGUGAAAGUGAAGGAUUUUUUACGAAUGGAAGUAAGUACAACACCAGUGUCGUAUAUAUCUCUAUCUUUUUUGUGAUCCUACAAGAAAAUGCCGGCUCUGAAUUUUGUAUUUACCGUUUCGCUCAGUUGUUUAUUGUAUUUAGCACAUAAAACGAUAAGACAGAGAACAUUAAUGCCGAAUCUGAAAAAUCUUUAUUUUACGUUUUUACGUAUUCUGCUUUGACCUUUGUAUUAUCAAUUGUCAUUUGUCAAGUUGUUUAAUGGUUUGAGAAUUCAUAUUUUUUUCAGCAGUACCUUUACUGAGAUAAAAUUCUCAAUCCUUUCUUAUUUCAACUUUACUUAAGUAAAAUUUUCAGGCAAUACUUCUUUUACCUAAUAUCAUAACUUCGCUGAAUUCUGUUGAUAACAGUUCACUUUUUCCUACAGUACCGGCUAAGAAAGCCACAGCUGAAACAUCAAGUACACUCACAUUUUCAUUGAAGAUUCCAUCAAAAACGUUUGUGUAAGUAUAUUAAUAUUUGACUGUAAAUGGUGUGGCAGAUAAAUACAUGGUAUAAUGUAUUAUUUGGUUUAUAUGAAGAAGGCAAAUUUUGAUUUAUAGAUAUUUCUACGUAGUGGCUUUGAAAUUAAAAGACGGCCAAGAGCCUGCAUCAUCUGACAGUUACCAGAGCAAUGAGUUAGUGACGUAUGCUGAGGCGGAAAACUCAACCAAUCCGAAACCUUAUAUUGCUGCGGUAAUUACAUCCAGCGGUGUUGAUGAAAACAUGUUUAUACUUGGUGAUGGCAGAAAUACAGAUGAUCCAACUUCACGAAAACGGAGGUCAACUACAAGUGAUUAUUUUAAUGGUCCGUUGCAGCCUGGCACUAGUUAUAGUGUUUUUCAAAGGAUUAUUAUCAAUGCAAUGGUAUGAUAUUGGGGUGGGGGGUGGGGGCAGCAAACUUUGUAUUGAACGCACUGAUCUCAAAACCGAGCUGGGUUAUGGAGCCAAUGGCGGCCAUAUUGCCAUAGAUAAUGAGUGGGCGUUGCAGGGAAAAGUUCAGGGAAACGAAAGGGCAAAUUGAAGCUUGCUAAUGGGGGCAAAUUUGAGUUUACACUUACAAUUUCUGCUGCGAUUUUAAGUGCGAUUCUUUCUUCUGAUUGAUGGGAACGAGCAAGUGAGUUGAGAAUGUUCUGAGUAUCUGAAUAUUCAUAACUCAUGCAUUCGUUUACAUUCAUCAAACGAAGAAAAUCACAACAAAAAUUGCAAGUUAAACAAGGGUUAAGAAAGAAAAACAAAAACGAGCAAAAAGUACUUCCACAUAUUUCCCUCAAUACGUUAUGACAUCAAUGUGUAGCUGGCUUAACAGAUCAAUGAAUUAAUAAAUUAUCGUCUUCUUUACUAUAGGUUGAUUAUUAUUCCACUGACUGGAGUCCUCCUUCAAAAACGAGUGAAGGUACAGAUAUAUUUCUUCCAUGUAAUUUUAAUUUGAUAUUGAUCAUUGGGUUCGCUAAGUAAGUUUAGUCCUGAUAAAAUCAAUAAAAAGUGAAUGAAAGCAGGUUGGUGUAUGAAUUUGCAGUAACAGUAUUUUGGCACAAUUUUUAUUAAAUCACUUACAGGUAUAUGCUUUUCCAACUUUAUUUAAUAUCAGACAUGUUGUAAAUUAUUUAAUACGUGAUGAUCUUCUUAAUCAUAUCUCAAACUCAAUAAUGCAUGAGUAAAUUAGCCAGCCAUAUUACUUUAGUUUGCGCACAUGAUAAUACUGGAUACUUGGUGGAGUAUAUAUUGAUCCAGACCUAUGACUGGAUCGAAAUUAAUUCAGUCCUUGGACUGGAUCAAAAUGAAUUCACUUCACCUUAAGUAAUUAUAGUGAUUUAUUUGUAUGAGAUGUCCUAUUUGAUCAAGUUCAACUAUGACGACUGCUGGACUAGAUUUCAAGUCCGCGUAAUUAGAUGAAGCCCAAGGCGAAGCUGAGCACUGGAUCAAAAUGCAGCGACUUGAAAUCUAGUCCAGUCCGAAUUGGAGGAUUUGAAAUAUUACUUCAAAUUUCAGCUCCAGUUACAGAUCAAGUUCCCACUGACGUUCCAGGCAAUGAUGAUGGUUCAAAAAACUAUCUUGUUGGAAUGACAGUAGCAAUAUUGGUGGUCAUUUUAGUUGUUAUUGUCGCUUCAUUAUAUUUUAUCUGUCAAAAGCGUCGACGCAAAUCAUCAAGCACCGAAGCAAAUGCGAAGAAGACAAAUGACGUAAGUAAUCCACAAUAUAUUUAUGAUGAUGUCGGCAAUUAUGAACAAGUAAACGAUGAACAGUCGACGUAUACAGGUCUCAAUAAGCCUGGGGAAGGAACUGAUGAUCAUUUAUAUGCUCAUUUAAAUGAGGUAACACAAAAUAUGCACGCAGAUCAGAAGGAAACUGGAUUCUAAUGUUUUAUUAAUGCAUAGUUAAUCAAGAUAUGUUCUGCUGUAAAUUUCAAAGUGUCCACAAUGAACUAGGAUUUUAUGUUGCAAACACAGCUUCACUGUGAAUAAAUCUUCUCAACUUUUGAUUGUUAAUAUUUCCACUGUACGUUUGAGUGUGCCAUUGGAUGAUUGCUUCAUUGUUUAUAUGCCAAAAAAUCAAUGUCUCGACCGUGCACAAAUUCACAUCGAAAUAAACAAAAAAUGAAACAAAUUUAAAACUCUCUCCAGAUCAUAUCUUCAUUGACUAUGGUUUAGACAAAAAACUUGUUCUUCGUUGUCUGAUUUUGCUCAGCAAUUCCGUGCAAUGAAAUGUAGAUGAACCAUUUUGUGAUAAUAAUACAAUUAUGUAGCAGACGUAAUUGAUACUAAUAACUAAUCGAUGUAUUCUAAUUAAGGACUUGGAUUUAAUUAGCCAAGGAGCGUGCAUAAUAAUUAAGCAGAUGUAAUUGAUACUAAUAACUAAUCGAUGUAUUCUAAUUAAGGACUUGGAAUUAAUUAGCCAAGGACCGUGCGUAAUAAUUAAGCGGACAUAAUUUAUACUAAUAACUAAUCGAUGUAUUCUAAUUAAAGACUUGGAAUUAAUUAGCCAAAGAGCGUGCGUAAUAAUUAAGCAGAUGUAAUUGAUACUAAUAACUCUAAUAACUAAUAACUAAUUGAUGUAUUCUAAUUAAGGACUUGGAGUUAAUUAGCCAGAGACCGUGCGUAAUAAUUAAGCAAACGUAAUUGACAUUAAUAACUAAUCGAUAUAUUCUAAUUAAGGACUUGGAAGUAAUUAGCCAAAGACCGUGCGUAAGUAAUUGAUACUAAUUACUAAUUUCAACUAAUUACAGUAUUCUAAUAACGCAUUGAGUCGAUCUGGGAAAAUUUGAUGGUCAAUCCAUGUGUAUGUACUUAAUGUGUAUUGUUACUCGUCCUUCGUACUCGUGCAAUUUUGAGUCUUUGAAAAACACACUCGUGCACGUUUCUUUCCAAAUUGCACUCGAAACCACACUACUAUUACCUAUACAAACAAUUAUGGUUAAACGUACAGGGCGCCAUGUUUUUGUAGUUAUCAAUUAAAAUACAGUAUCUCAAACGUUAUCAAAGGUACAGUAUCGCCAUGUUCCCACGAGGAUAAACUCGUUCCAGUCCACUUUUGUUCAGCCGAGCGUUAAAGUCCCUGCUAUACCGCGGGGAAAAUGCUACAUUAAAUACGCGUUAAUCCACGGCAGUGCAUGUCCCCGUUAAUUCCCCGCCCUUUCCCGGGGGUCGGGGAACCGGAGUUUCAGUUGACUAGUGCAGUAGUUAUUUAGCAAGUUUUUUAUUGUCAACUUAGUGACUAGUAGGUUCGUUCACUUUCGGUAUAAUAUAUCGUUUACAGACCCUCUACUCGGGGGAUUCAGGAAAGUAUUACACUUAGUGAUGAUAUCAGAGCGAAACCCCUCGGCGGAAAUAUCAUCACGUCGCGAUAAUAUUUGGCCGAAUCCCCCUCGCUCCUGGUCUAUAAUUAGCGAUAUUUUUAUUUCACUGUAUAUAUAUAUAUAUAUAUAUACGAGUAGGUUUGUGUAUACGAAACGCAAAGAGUGCUCAAUAUCAUAAAGAUAGAGCAAAUGUAGAAUUUCGCUUACCUCAAAAUUCCGCAACAGUCUGUUUCACCACAACAGUCUGUUCUUUACUGAUGAAACAGACUGCUGCGGAAUUUUGAGGUAAGCGAAAUUAUAUAUAUAUAUAUAUAUAUAUAUAUAUAUAUAUAUAUAUAUAUAUAUAUAUAUAUAUAUAUAUAUAUAUAUAUAUAUAUAUAUAUAUAUAUAUAUAUAUAUAUAUAUAUAUAUAUAUAAAUAUAUAUAUGUAUAUAUAUAUGUAUAUAUAUAUAUAUAUGUAUAGCUAGCUUGCGUUUAAUAUCGUAUCGGUUUUGCGUGCGAACGGUGGAAAACAGUUCGAUACGCUAUGUGUGAUCGGCCUAUAUUUUUUGAAUCGCCAGCAAAAUGUUAGCGUAUUUAAACUAAUCUGGCUUUUCCUGACAAUAAAGGAAACAUUUACAGUGGCUUAAUGAUCGAUAUUUUUCAUUCAAUUUGAAAAGAACCACGGACUUCAUGCCGACUCUCUAUAAAGAUUUAUCUGAUUGGGUUUCGCUACAUUGGUUCAUUUCGUCUUCUGCGCUUUCAUAACGUAAAUGCUUCAGAGAUCUUGUUUCAAAACAUUUGAAAUUGAAGUCUGCUUCCUUGAAGAAGAUGUUUCCAAGUUUUUACAUUUUCUAGUAUUGGCUGUAUAGUUUCCCUGUUACUGAAAAAUAAAAUUUUCGUGGUUUAACAGAAGAAGCCUUGAGGAGUCAAACUGAAACAGGAAUUUGCCUGACUGUUUACUUGUCAUCAGAAUGCGUAAUUGUUUAUCGUUUAAGUAUAAUUGGAUCUUGCAUAUACUAAUACGACUAAUAAUAGCUUGGGAACCAAUUUUCUUUUCAAUAAGUGAAAAUAAUACUUAACAAUGCCACUUGAUAUAGAUAUCUAAGUAAAUCAACAACGUUUUAUUCAAUUUAUAGAUUAUGAUAGUCAGGUAGCUCUGUCGGUCGCAGAGAUUCCCCAUAUAGAGAAGAAGUCUUACUGAUCAGCGGAAAACUCUGCGGAGAAUAGAGGUUUGGUUGUGAGAAAGUUAUAACUCAAUUGUUCUAAACAUCUAGAAGUUGCUAAAACGUAACAUCUCAGCAUGAUGUACUUGUUAUAUGUCAUAUCUGAGAACAAUUAAAAUGAUAAAAUCUUACUAAAAUUCUUAGCUUUGUAGAGUGUAUACUUAGUGUGUGAACAUUCAAGGUACACAGCUUUCCCACCUAUAACCACAAUAGACAAAGGGAACCUUUUUCCUUAGGAAUGUUUGGUAUUUUCUUGUUAUGCAAUUAUGGAAAGCAGGUAAGGCUUAUAUCUAAUUUGGUUUUGCUACAUUGAUUUAUUUCGUCUUUCGCAUUCACAACGUAGAUGUUUGCAUCUAGUCUCAAAAUUAGAAGUCAAUUUCCUGGUUUAAAAGAAGAUGUUUCCAAAGUGUUUUCAUUUUGUGAUGUUGGUUAUCGUGUCCUCACAAUUGAAAGGUACAAGUUUUUUUGUGAUCCUGUAUUUAUAACGUGCUGAAUUAACCGAUAGAGACUAAUUCAUAACUAUAACAAGAGAGUCAAAAUUAACGAUCUCAAAAGAGUCGUUCUGUUGUCGAACGACUUUUGGGGUCAAACGACUCAGAAAUAGGCCUAAUGGUAUACAGUGUUAGAUGCCGUUUACAAAUUUCAAAUUCAUUCAAAAUCAACCUAAUUGUAUGAAUAUUUUAUCACUGCACAAUCCAUAAGCCACAGAGUCAGAGAGUGCCAGUCCAGAGCUCAAGACUAUAUACUGUGCCUAUACUGGUACUCCAUGAAGGGAUAUUUUACGAACAACACACUGAAAGUCCAUGCCACAAUUAGUAAUCCGUGACAAGAAUUUUUCUUUUCAAAUCAAAUCAAGUCGCAUUAAAUUUUAUUUCCGUAUAGGUUACAAACCUCUUCAGUGAUGUGUCACUGGUAUCAAUGAGGGCCAACUUCGUCACUGUGGCACAAAUUGGUUAUCACUGCGGCACUAAAAUUAGGUAUGCAUCGCGAUUCACUUGCUUUCAUAAUAUAAUGUGAACAUAACUUUAACCAAAUUAAAAAAAUAGUAUAAAUGCUGACUUAAUGCACUGUCAAAGUUAUUUUAUUUUAUUUAUUUUAUUUUACAAUAUUUGUCACAUGACCGGUUUAACCCACAGAGCUAGUUGCUCCUUUGCGGGUAACCUGCUAAUGCAAUACUGAAAUAUAGGUUAACACAGUGGACAUAUCACUUCAAAAUCGCUAAUCACUGAGACGUUUGAUUUAAAUGAUCCUGAGCAAUUCUAAUCAUGUGGUCGAAAAAAGGAAUUUAAUUUAAAUUUCACAUGCUCUCUAACAAAGUGAUAUUUCCACUGGGUUAACAGCAACUAAUGACAACACAGUUUGACAAAAACACUGGACAAGGGACGACACAAAUGACACUUUACACACACUGUUUUAAACGUUUGUGGAACAUCAAUGUCGUAGACCUCUUCAACAAGUUUUUGGUAAUAUUUAAAUAGGCCGCAUUUAAAUUGACUGAUUGAGAGAUUUGACUGCCGUAAGUGUGAUGGUAAACAGUUAAAAGUCCUGGGUGAUCUGCAGUAAUAACUGUUCUGAAAUGUUAAAGUGUUUACUCUAGGAACUUGUAAUAUAAUUUUUGCUGUUCCAUCAUUUUCUCUCGUCAACCGAUCUGUUGUCUUUACAUAGAUAUUAUGGUCAUUAGAUAGAACUAACGCUUUGUAGAGGUAGACCAUAUCCAGGAAUUCAUGCCAGUAUGUUAAUGGUAGUAAAAUAUUAUUAUUAUUAUUAAGUACACUUUCAUCGGAAAACGAGGCUGAUGUUUUCUGGGGCAGGCUCCCUUGAAUAGAUUGGGAGGGAGCCACUUGUAUUGAGUUUAAUGGUUUUGAGGAUGAGAGAACGUUCAGAACAAAAUGCGAUGAAAACAGCAUGAACAUUUGCCGCUAUUAUCCACAUAUAAAAAUAUCCAUUAUAGCGUUACAUGCAUGGCAAAAUAACCAAUGUUCUUUUCGUAUGUGUAGUUCAGGAUGUGUUUCCAUCAUAUUCAUCUCUGCCUUACGAAGGUGUUGUACAAAUUACCACUGAUAGUGGGACCAAGAAAGUUUGUUAAAUAAUUAGAAGAAUGAAAGAACAACCUCAAUGUGGUCAAUCUGAUCUCUUCAUCAAAAUCUAGAAUGCUUAACUUUUUAUUUUCAUAUUUUAGGUGGUGACUGGUGGUAUUAUAGACUAUAUUAUAAACCACUGUUACAAGAUCAACGAAGAUUUCCUGAUUCAUCAUUUAGUGCGUCUGCUUCUUCAGAAGGUCACAGUGCUUCUGAUGCAAGAAUAUCUAGUGGUAGUUCUUGGUGUGCUCCUGUCUCAGAUGACAAACCUGAUUAUCUUCAGUGGACUUAGGAAGACAGUAUUAUAUGUCUGAUCUAGUAACAUGUGGUGACAGUACGGGGACACCAAUUUGGUGUUUAUUUACACUGACAGAGUAAACUUAAACCAUCCUAGGUUAUUUAACGCUGCUUUGGUGUAAAUCCGUUUGCCUCUGUGGGGACACCAAUUUGGUGUUUAUUUACACUGAGAGAGUAAACUUACACCAUGCUAGGUUAUUUAACGCUGCUUUGGUGUAAAUCCGUUUGCCUCUGUGGGGACACCAAUUUGGUGUUUAUUUACACUGAGAGAGUAAACUUACACCAUGCUAGGUUAUUUAACGCUGCUUUGGUGUAAAUCCGUUUGCCUCUGUGGGGACACCAAUUUGGUGUUUAUUUACACUGAGAGAGUAAACUUACACCAUGCUAGGUUAUUUAACGCUGCUUUGGUGUAAAUCCGUUUGCCUCUGUGGGGACACCAAUUUGGUGUUUAUUUACACUGAGAGAGUAAACUUACACCAUGCUAGGUUAUUUAACGCUGCUUUGGUGUAAAUCCGUUUGCCUCUGUGGGGACACCAAUUUGGUGUUUAUUUACACUGAGAGAGUAAACUUACACCAUGCUAGGUUAUUUAACGCUGCUUUGGUGUAAAUCCGUUUGCCUCUGUGGGGACACCAAUUUGGUGUUUAUUUACACUGAGAGAGUAAACUUACACCAUGCUAGGUUAUUUAACGCUGCUUUGGUGUAAAUCUGCUUGCCUCUGUGGGGACACCAAUUUGGUGUUUGUUUACACUGAGAGAGUAAACUUACACCAUGCUAGGUUAUUUAACGCUGCUUUGGUGUAAAUCCGCUAGCCUCUGUGGGGACACCAAUUUGGUGUUUAUUUUCACUGAGAGAGUAAACUUACACCAUUCUAGGUUAUUUAACGUUGCUUUGGUGUAAAUCCUCUUGCCUCUGUGGGGACACCAAUUUGGUGUUUAUUCACACUGAGAGAGUAAACUUACACCAUGCUAGGUUAUUUAACGCUGCUUUGGUGUAAAUCUGCUUGCCUCUGUGGGGACACCAAUUUGGUGUUUAUUUACUCUACUGUGGUUUAUCAUGAUGUUGUUUUCAUCUUCUGUACUUGUACGAUUAUUUAUUACACAUUUAAACAUUAUAUUUUGUACUUUUUCUUAUAGCUUUCUUUCCAGACAAACCAACAAACCUCACCGUCACUAACAUCACGUCUAGAAGUGCUGAAAUAUCCUGGCUAGAUCCUGAUAAUAAAGGGACAUAUGGUCUUUUAUCCUUUCGGAUAGAGCUGAAGAAAGAAAACUCUCUAAUCCUGAACAUUACCACAGGAAGAGUGAAUAAAUAUAAAAUAAAUAAUCUCACUCCGUAUACUACAUAUGAAAUAUCUGUAGCUGCUGGAAAUUCUUCUUACGGUUUUGGUGAAGAGAGCAAUACUUCGUUCUUAACAUCUGAAGAAGGUGAGUGUUAAAAGAUGUGUGUUUUACUGCAAGUCAAAACACGGUUCUUUUAACAUUUAUGCAACAAAAUGUCUACUUCAAUUAGUACAUAAAAUUUCAAUAAAAACAUCGGUUUGUAUUAUACACUUCAGCUCCGAGCAGUCCUCCAUUGAACAUCAGAACCACAUCAAGAAAUGCAUCGUCAUUGUCUUUCGCUUGGGAUCCUCCUGACACAACUAAACAAAAUGGCGUCAUUAUCAGUUAUACAGCGUGUAUUUCACAUUCAGAAAAUGGCCCUUGCUUUCACACAUUUAUUACAAGUGAAAGGAGAUGGCUUUUUGUUAAUUUGAAUCCAUUAACAAAAUAUUAUGUUCGUGUUCUUGCAAGUACUAAAGCUGGUCAUGGAAACUACAGUGAAAGUAAAGGAAUUUUUACGAGCGGAAGUAAGUGAUCUUAUGUGAACGCGUUCUAACACACUUCAUUGCCUUUGCCAGGUUUGUUUUAACGUCCGUCUAUCUGUCAGCCGAAAAACUUUGUAGAACCAUUGGCAUGCAUUAGCUCGGUCAGUAGACGAAGGUCAAAUCGAUCAAAUUUUAGAUGAUAAAUUCAUCUAAACGAUAAAAGUUGGAUAAGAUAAAUUGAAAAAGAUUGUCUUGCUUUCCGAGUCGAAAGGAAUGAAUAUUUUACUUUCGCUGGCAAUAAGCGCACUGUGCUGUAGUUUAUCACGAUAUUAUAUUUGAACAUCAGUAUCUGCCUCUGAUCUUUUCUACCUGUGUAUACGAUUAUUUAUUACACAUUUAAACAUUAUAUUUUGUACUUUUUCAGAGAUAGUUUUGUUACCUAUAAAUCUUACCAUCAUUAACAUCAAGUCUAGAAGUGCUGAAAUAUCUUGGCCAGAUCCUAAAGAUUAUGAAAGAUUUGGUGUUUCACGCUUUUGGAUCAAACUGAAGAAAGAAAACUCUCUAAUCCUGAACAUUACCACAGGAAAAGUGAAUAAAUAUGAAAUAAAUAAUCUCACUCCGUAUACUACUUAUGAAAUAUCUGUAGCUCCAGGAAAUGAUUAUGGUUUUAGUAAAGAGAGUAUUACUUCGUUCUUAACAUCUGAAGAAGGUGAGUUAUAAAAGAUAUGUGUUUUUGAAAGGCAAAACGUGGUUGCUUUAUACGCUCAACAUCUACUUCAGUUAAUACACAAAAUUUAAAUAAAAACAUCUCUUUAUAUAACACUUUAGCUCCGAGCGGUCCUCCAUUGAACAUCAGAACCACAUCAAGAAGUGCAUCGUCAUUGUCUUUUGCUUGGGAUCCCCCUGACACAACUAAACAAAAUGGCGUCAUUAUCAGUUAUACAGUGUGUAUUUCACAUUCAGAAAAUGGUGCUUGCUUUCAGACAUUUAAUACAGGUGUAAGGAAGUGGCUUGUUAUUAAUUUGAAUCCAUUAUCAAAAUAUUAUGUUCGUGUUCUUGCAAGUACUAAAGUGGGUCAUGGAAACUACAGUGAAAGUAAAGGACUUUUUACGAGUGGAAGUAAGUAAUCUUAUAAACGCGCUCUUGCACACUUCAUUACCUUUGCCAGGUUUGUUUUAACGUCCGUCUAUCUGUCAGCCAGAUAACGUUGUAGAACCAUUGACAUUGGCUCGGGCAGUAGACCAUGGUCAAAUCGAUCAAAUUUUGGCUGAAUUAAGAUGAAAGUUGGAUCAGAUAUUUUGUAAGAGAUUCUCUUGCUUUCCGAGCCGAAAAUAAUGAAUAAGUAAUUGAUGCAUAAUUUAUUAAUUAGAUCUUUUACUUUUGCCGGCAAGGGAAGGGCAAUCUACUGUAGUUCAUCAUGACAUUAUUUUUUGUAUAGUGAUUAUUUAUUAUACGUUUAAACAUUAUAAUUUUACCUUUUUCAGAUCUAGUUUUGUUACCUGUAAAUCUUACCGUCACCAACAUCAAGUCUAGAAGUGCUGAAAUAUCUUGGCAAGAUCCUAAAGAUCAUGAAAGAUUUGGUGUUUCACGCUUUUGGGUUAUACUGAAGAAAGAAAACUCGCUAAUCCUGAACAUUACCACAGGAAAAGUGAAUAAGUUUGAAAUAAAUAAUCUCACCCCAGAUACUACAUAUGAAAUAUCGGUGGCUGCUGAAACUGAUUAUUAUGGUUUUGGUGAAGAGAGUAUUACUUCGUUCUUAACAUCUGAAGAAGGUAUGUGUUAAACGGAUAAGCCUUUUUGAAAGGCAAAACAUGGUCCCUUUAUACACUUAACAUGUCUAUUUCAGUUAAUACAUAAAAUUUCAAUAAAAACAUCUGUUUAUUUAUACACUUUAGCUCCGAGCGGUCCUCCAUUGAAUAUCAGAACCACAUCAAGAAGUGCAUCGUCAUUGUCUUUCGCUUGGGAUCCUCCUCAUACAACUAAACAAAAUGGCGUCAUUGUCAGUUAUACAGCGUGUGUUUCACAUUCAGGAAAUGGUCCUUGCUUUCAAACAUUCACUACAAGUGAAAAUAAGUGGCUCGUUAUUGAUUUGAACCCAUUAACAAAAUAUUAUGUUCGUGUUCUUGCAAGCACUAAAGUUGGUCAUGGAAACUACAGUGAAGGCGUAGGAUUUUUUACGAAUGGAAGUAAGUACAGCGUAGAAUGGAAGUAAGUAAAGUUUAACUUUAAAAAAUCGGUAUUUACUUGAAACGAAGUAUUAUUGUCAAGAAAUACUUUUUACUUGUAACGAAGUACGAUUUUUAACUUCGUUACUAUUCGUUUUGUCCGCGAAGUUAAAAAAAAGUUGUCAAUGGUGGGACUGAAAAUCUGUCUAGAGUGGAGAGAUUGCCUGUCUGUCUGUUGGUUAAAGUUCAGUUCAGUGAUAUCAAAGUAUAUACCGGGGCGUAGGAAGCAUCAAAAGAUUGGGAGGGGGCACCGGCUUUCGGGGACACUUGGGAUAUCAAAAAGCCUAAAAAAGGACACCUGAAAAUUUUUUCCCGGAAAGGUUGGCGACGGAGGCGGGUUGGGAAAGGGGAAAGUUUUUCCCGUCUAUACCAUACCGAAAUUGCACGUUUUUAACCGUUUUCCACAUUCAAGUAAAAUUUUCAGACAAUACUUUCCCUUUACCUUUUAUGUCAUAACUUCGCUGAACAUUGUUGAUAACAGUUCACUUUUUCCUACAGAACCGGCUGAGAAGGCCAUAGCUAAAACAUCGAGUACACUUACAUUUUCAUUGAAAAUUCCAUCAGAAACUUUUGUGUAAGUAUGUUAGUAUGACUCUCUGAUAUAGUGUUGCAGAUAAGUACUUAUUAUCUAGCAGGUAUAAUAAUAUCUCAUUUGACAUUUGGUUUAUAUGAAGAAGGCAAGUCUUGAUUUAUAGAUAUUUCUACGUGGUGGCUUUGAAAUUAAAAGACGGCAAAGAGCCUGCAUCAUCUGACAGUUACCAGAACAACGAGUUAGUGACGUAUGUCGAGGCGGAAAAAUCGAGCAAUCCGACACCUUAUAUUGCUGCGGUAGUUACAUCCAGCGGUGUUGAUGGAAACGUGUUUGUACUUGGUGACAGUAGAAAUACAGACGAUCGAAAUUCGCGAAAACGGAGAUCAACAUCAAGUGAUUAUUUUAAUGGUCCGUUGGAGCCUGGCACUAGUUAUAGUGUUUUUCAAAGGAUUAUUAUCAAUGAAAUGGUAUGAUAUUGGGCUAGGGUGUGGGGGCAGCUGGCUGCAAACUUUCAGUUGAAGCGCACUGGUCAUAAAAUCGGCCUGGAUUAUGGAGCCAAUGACGGCCAUAUUGCCAUAGAUAUUGAGCGGGCAUUGCAGGGAAAAGUUCAGGCAAUAAAGGGGCAAAUUGAAGCUUGCUAAAGGGGCAUAUUUGAGUUCACAAUUUCUGCUGCGAUAUUAAGAGCAAUUUUUUUCUUUUGAUUGAUGUAAACGAACAAAAACGAGCAAAACGUAUUGUCACAUAUUUCGCUUAAUACGUUAUGACAUCAAUGUGUAGUUGGCUUGACAAAUCAAUAAAUUAACAAAUUAUCGUCUUCUCUACUAUAGGGUGAAUAUUAUUCCACUGACUGGAGUCCUCCUUCAAAAACGAGCGAAGGUACAGGUAUAUUUCUUCCAUAUAAUUUUUAUUUGACAUUGAUCAUUGGGUUAGAUAAGUAUAAGUUUAGUAAUGUUAAAAUCAAUAAAAAUAAAUAAAUGGAGUAUGAAUUUACAGUAACAGUAUUUUGUCACAAUUUUUAUUAAAUACACUCCAGGUAUAAUAUUGCAUUUUCAAUUUUAUUUAAUAUCAGACAUGUCGUAAAUUAUUUAAUACAUGAUGAUAUGAUAAUCUUCUUAAUUAAUCAUAUCUCAAACUCAUUAAGAGGAGAUUUUUUUGUAUGUCACGUAACACGCGCUCAGAACUAAUGCGUAUAAUAUAUCACUCGAGAUUAUGACUAAAUUCAAAAUUUUUAUUUUUCGAUACGUUUCUCAAUCGGCAAACAAACUUAGAAAGUAUGUUUAGUGCUUUAUCUGAAAAUAAUGCUAAAAUGAAGAGAUUUUAGAUGAUACGCCAAAGAGAAAAUGAUGUCUGAAGUUCAGUAAGUUUUGCUUAUAUGACUGUAAAUAUGACGCCAAUUUUAAAGCAUCAUUGAUAAUUGUAUUUUAAUUGACAAUUUUUAACUAUUAUUUUAUGUGUCUCAACCGGCAGAUGCAUUUAAAAAGGUAGCUAACUCUAUAAACUAGAGAACAAAGGUAAAACAAAGUAAUUUUGAGAGGAACGCCAAAACGAUUUUAGGUUUUGAACACUUUUCAUCGCAAAUACGUGACAUUGAAAAAAAAUUGCCUCUUACAGGUAAACUACGUGAAGCGUUCCUCUUUUGAGUUUCUAAAUUGAUUGCAAUUUUCCUCAUUACUUUUGCAAUUUAAAAAACACCCUUGCAAAUCCCUUGAGGGAAUGUUGCCAAAAAAAAAUUCCUCAGUUCCUGUUAGAAGUUCUUAACUUCCUGUUACAAGUUCCUAACUUCCUGUUCUGUUCUGGGCGUUGCAAUUGGCUAACAAAAAUAAUCGACCAAUAACAACGCUCAGAACAGAACAGGAAGUUGGGAAAUUAAAACAGGAAGUUAGGAAAAUUUAAAAUGAAGUUUGGAAUAUUGCAACAGCCGAUGGGAACAUUGCAAAUUCCCUCAAGGGAUUUGCAAAGAGUUUUUUAAAUUUGCAAGGCUAAUGAGGAAAAUUCCAAAUGAGUUACGAAGUCAAAAGAGGAACGCUUCACGUAGUUUACCUGUAAUAAUUUAUGAGUAAAUUAGCCUACCAUAUUAGUUUAAUUUGCUCACAUGAUAAUACUGGAUAUUUGCAUGCAUGGUGAAGUAUAUUGUUCCACUCCUAGGAUUGGAUUGAAAUUAACGCAGUCCCAUAAGACUGGCCAUGGAUCAAAAUUAAUUCACCUCACUUCCAGGUUAUCUUGAUACGCAGAAAAGUACUGGCACUAGUUGUCAAAUAGAAAUCCAUUUUAUGAUUAAAACAACUGAAUAUCUCCUGUAAUAUACUUUAUUUCGAUUCCAUAUUUUUGUCAGAGCUAUAGUUCUCAUAACCAAACAUAAUUACAAAAUUUCAACUAGUUUCAUGAAGAAUAAUGAAAGAUAUAAUUGACUGAAUACAUCAAAAUGGAUUUCUAUUCGGACAACCCUUUCUGAGCGCUGAUUGGCUAAAAUACGAACACGAGAUCACCUGGUUUAUAAGUAGUGAUUUAUUCGUAUGAGAUGUAAUUAUUUGAAAUCCGACUGGACUAGAUUUCAAGUCCGCGUAAUUAGAUGAAGUCCGAGGCGAAGUCGAGCACUGGAUGAAAAUGCGACGACUUGAAAUCUACUCCAGUCCGAAUUGGAGGAUUUGAAAUACUACUUCAAAUUUCAGGUCAAGGUGACACGGACGACAACGGUGAUGGUUCUAAGAACUAUCUUAUUGGAAUGACAGUAGCAAUAUUGGUGGUCAUUUUAGUUGUUAUUAUCGCUUUAUAUUUUAUCUGUCAAAAUCGUCGACGCAAAUCAUCAAGUACCGAAGCAAAUGUGGAGAAGACGAAUGAAGUAAGUGCUCCACAUUAUAUUGAUGAUGAUGUCAGCAAUUAUGAACAAAUAGACGAUGAACAGUCUACGUAUACAGAUCUCAAUAGGUCUGGUGAAGUAAUUGAUGAUCAUGUAUAUGGUCAUUUAUACGAGAUAACACAAAAUAUGCGCGCAGAUCAGGAAACUGGAUUCUAAUGUUUUAUCACUGCAUAGUUAAUCAAGAUAUGGUCUGCCGUAAAUUUCAAAAUGUCUACAAUGAACUAGGAUUUUAUGUUGGAAACACAGCUUCAUUAAGAAUAAAUCUUCUCAACUUUUGCUUGUUAAUAGAGACAUACAGAGACGUAACUAGUGUACCCACUUUUUUGUGCGCAUGCUCGGCAGGUUUCUAGAUGCAUGCAUCUGAUUGGAUGACGACCUGAUGACGACUCACUUUAAACUUGCUGAGCACCCGCAGUUGAUCAUUUUUUUGCUCGGUCGCCUGAAAAAAGGUGGUACAUGAAAACGUAAUCUUCCGCAGUGUUUACAACGGUCAGUUACGUUUCUGUAUGUCUCUACUCUGUCUUAAUUUUUCGACUGUACGUUUGAGUGUGCCAUUGGAUGAUUGCUUCACUGUUAUGCCAAAAAAUCAAUGUCUCGACCGUGCACAAAUUUACAUAGAAAUAAACAAAAAAUGAAACAAAUUUAAAACUCUCUCCAGAUCAUAUCUUCAUUGACUAUGGUUUAGACAAAAACUUGUUCUUCGUUGUCUGAUUUUGCUCAGCAAUUCCGUGCAAUGAAAUGUAGAUGAAUCAAUUUUGUAAUAAUAAUACAAUAAGGUAGCAGACGUAAUUGAUACUAAUAACCAAUUGAUGUAUUCUAAUUAAGGACUUCGAAUUAAUUAGCCAAGGAGCGUGCGUAAUAAUUAAGUAGACUUAAUUGCUUAAUUGAUACUAAUAACUAAUCGAUAUAUUCUAAUUAACAACUUGGAAUUAAUUAGCCAAGGACCAUUAAGCAGACAUAAUUGAUACUAAUAACUAAUCGAUGUAUUCUAAUUAAGGACUUGGAAGUAAUUAGCCAAGAACCGUGCGUAAUAAUUAAGCAGAUGUAAUUGAUACUAAUAACUAAUCGAUAUAUUCUAAUUAAGGACUUGGAAUUAAUCAGCCAAGGACCGUGCGUAAUAAUUAUGUGCCUAAUAAAGCGGACAUUUUUUUUCAUUCAAUUUGAAAAGCACCACCGACUUUCGAUAAAGAUUUAUCUAAUUUUGUUUCGCUACAUUGGUCCAUUUCGUCUUCCGCAUUCACAACGUAAGUGUUUAUUUACAUCAUGUAUCAAAAUUAGAAGUCGAUUUCCUGGUUUAAAGAAGAUGUUUCCAAAGUGUUUUCAUUCUGCGAUGUUGGUUGUCGUGUCCUUACAAUUGAAAGGUAUAAGUCUUUUUAUGAUCCUGCAUUUAUAACGUGCUGAAUUAAUCAUAAGAAGACAGAGAUUACUUCAAAACUACAUUGUAAAUUCAAGAGAGUCAAAGUUAACGAUCUCAAAAGAGUCGUUCUGCGGUGGAACGACUUUCGGGGUCAAACGACUCUGGAAAGAAUAGUAUACACUGUUAGUUAAUCUUGAACUCUGUGCCAGUGUAGGCAGUGCCAUUGUGCCAGCAAUAUGAACAAGCUUUCGUUGGUAGGGAUGCAAUUAAACUGCCUGAAAAAUACAAGGAGAAUUUCGACGUUUCGAGCGAAGGCUUUUCGUCUGGAGCGUACUCAGUAUCACAGCAUGAUGCACGUAUUGUCAUAUCUGCAUGAGAACAAUUAAAAUAAUAAAAUCUUAGCUCUGUCCAAAUAUAUGAAGUGUACUUAGAAAAUUAAGAGGAAAUUUGACAGAUAAUCCAGUAUUUAGCAUAUUCAUGUUAAAACAUACACAGCUUUCCCUUACCUGUUAGCUAAAGUUUUAAGACGAAGCGUUGUAAAAAUAUUACUCGCAUGCAUGAUUAACUUUCUGACUGAUAACUGUUACCAUCUAACCAGAACCAGAAUAGACAUCAAGGGAGACCUUUUGUCUUGAGCAUGUUUGGUAUAUUAUUAUUCAAUUUGAAAUGCACUACAGACUUCAUGCCGAGUUUCAAUAAAGAUUCAUCUGAUUUUAAUUGUUUCGCUACAUUGGUUCAUUUCGUCUUCUGCAUCUCAAAAUUAGAAGUCGAUUUUCUGGAUCAAAGAGGAUGUUUCCAAAGUGUUUUCUUUUUGUGAUGUUGGUCGUCGUGUCCUUACAAUUUAAAGGUAUAAGUCUUUUUGUGAUCCUGCAUUUAUAACGUGCUGAAUUAACCAUAAGAACGAUAGAGAUUAUAGUUUAGAAUAGAAUAGAAUAGAAUGCAUGCACUGUCAGAUGCCUUUUACAAAUUUCAAAUUCAUUCAAAAUCAUUGGUCACGUUUCAAAAUCAUCACGACAUACCUACCUAAUUGUAUGAAUAUUUUAUAACUGCACAAUCCAUAAGCCGAGUCUGCCAGUCCAGAGCUUAAGAAACGGGUGGGUUUGAUCUCUUUUAUUGCACACAUUGUUUAAUUAAUUUAAAUAUUUUAGCUAGAUUAAUUGAAUUAUUAAAGAAUUUCUCACAGCAAAUGUUAUCACAGCACAUUUUUAGUUUAUCACUGCGGUACUUCUGCGGUACACUAAUUGUUUAUCACUGCAUGCGGCACGAAAAUUAGGCAUGCAUCACGAUUUCACCUCGCGUUUUAUAAUAUUAUAACUAAUUUCGAGUGUUGAACAUGAUAUCUCACGAGUGAGUGCAGCGAACGAGUGAUAUAUCAUGUUCAACACGAGAAAUAAAUCUGGCAUUUCCAAGCGCCCAUGUAUUUUUCUGUUUAUUAUAUAAACAAAAUUGAAAAACAAUAAAACAUCCGUGCCAAUUCGUUUUACAACAAGUUCUCUGAUUGGUGUUUGCAAAAAUGAUAUUUUCACACGUAAAAAUAUCGUAUUUUUUACGUGUGUUUAAAUACGAUUUUUCUCAGUGGCCAAAAACUCUAUAUAACACUUAUGUUUAUAUAAUAAAAAGAUUUAUUACAUGCUUAUAUAUAUACUCUGUCAAAGUUUAUGUGUUUACUUUGACCAAAGCAUAAAAUGAUGCUCUGGCCACAGGCGGAAUGUUUUAAACAUGAGAUCUGCAGUCAAGGAUUUCCAACUUUUUUGUCAAUAGCCGAUAACCCUGAAAAUAUGAUUAGAACGGAUAUUUACAGAAUACAGCGCAGCCGCUAAGAAAAAACUCACAGAGAAUAAUAAUUUUAGAGAGUAGUAAUUUUAUUUUUGCAUUGUUUUCCAGGUACAGCUUGUUUCUUUGUGAAAUGGUUUUGGGGCUUUGCUUUUCCAGGACAGUGUAUGAGCGACACAGGUCAAAUACAGUCAAACGGCAGUUGGGGAAACUUGUCUUUUGUACGAGUUUCCGACAACAGCUGUCUGGAUCCAGCUGCUCAGUUUCGGUUUCGUGAUAAUGGUGCCAUGUUGAAUCUAAAAAGACAGGGAUGUCUCGCUGCUCUUCGUAGGAAUGGUUCUGGUUAUAAUCUUGAUAUGUUUUAUCUUUACGUUGACUCAGUCAGUUUAGACACAGCUGCUUGCGCUCAGAAGCCUAACGAGAGCAUCUAUCGUGCUAUAACCCAGACUCCUGAGGGAAGGUUAUCUGUUUAUUAUAAAGGGAAAGAUAAGACUUCAUUUCAAACCUGGUGUGCAGUCCGUUCCCAUAAAGCAAUUACACCUGAACUUUAUCAAAAAUAUGGAGGAAAUUACAUAGGAAUGAGCACACCAUGCGGUCGUUCCAUCUAUGGUUAUCAGGUAUUCAUUUUCGGUAAGUAUUUGUUAAAUAUUUUCUAAUGUCUGAAGACGUUGUUGCCUAGAGUUUUAUAUUAUAUUAAAUGAAACAAUACUAUAUCUUUUCUUUUCACUCAAUCUAUUUAUUUGGUUAGAGUCCACGAUUUCAAGUAAAUGUCCGUACAUAAAACACAAAAAGGUGUAUAUACUAGCAUCGGAAAUUUACGAAGUUUAACAUUGAGUGAGUUUAACGAAUGUCUACGACCAUAGUUAAUAGAGGAGAUGGUUUGGAAACUUAUUAGCAUUACAAUAAACCUCACUAUCUAUGUUUUUGUUCAGGUUUAUGCAAAAAUGUGGUCUUUCAUCGUCACGUGCGUAUUGUAUUUUUGCUCAACCAGCCAAUAGCAACGCUUUUAUCCAAUUGCUCAUCCAUGACUUUAACAAUAGGACAUUUUGAACAUUCCUAUUGGUUGACUUGAGAAAAAUACAAUACGCACUUGACGAUGAAAGACCACAUUUUUGCAUAAACCUGAACAACAUAGAUAAUGAGGUUUAUUGUGAUUUUAUUGUAAUGCUAACGAGUUUCCAAACCAUCUCCUCUAUUAACUAUGCUACGACGUAAUACGAGGCUUGCGGUUCUGUUUCGGCUUAAUCAUAGUUAAGUGGAAAUGUCAUCCAAUAAGAAGCGCCUAUUUGUCUCAAUUUGAGAGUUAAUCACUAUUUAACUACAAAAUAGUGAUUAAAGAAGUGAUUAAGAGUUUUAUACAACCGGCCCCAGGUGAAAAAUAUAAGCUCUUGACGCAGGGCGAAUUAUAUCAUUGUCAUUGAUAUUGUGCUUAACGAGAUAAAAAUCAUUUUUGUCGAAUAUAUUACAGCCUGACACAGUUUUAAAAUAGAAACGUCUGUUGUUCUAUUAAAGGUUCAGUGACAUGUCAUGGUAAUAAAGUGAAGAAUGCCAACUGUCCUAAAGAUCAAUACAUGGUGGUCAAGUUGGCAACUUACCGUGGAUUGCACGCACCAAAGACAUGUGGUUUAAGUGAUGAUUAUAGUUGUGAAGUUGAUGUAACAUGUCUUGUUAAGAAACAAUGUGAUGGUCUACAUGAGUGUAAUAUAACUGUGGAUGACAAUUUGUUCUCUGGUGGUCUAUGUCCUGGAUUGUCAAACUAUCUUUACUUUGAAUAUCAUUGUGUUGAUACUGCAAAACCUUUUAAAGAACUUUGUGGUAUGUAUGGGUAUAAGUAUGAUUCUAUUGAUGGUUAGCUGUGCACAAGACAGGUUUCCAUAGCGUUUAACAAAAUUCGACGUCGAUUUAGCACGCACUUGUCAUAUGCUUGUUACUCGCACAGGCAGAGAUACCCAUUAUAGCCUUACAUGGCAAAAUAACCAAUAACCUUGUUUUGUUCGUGUUUUUGUAGUUCAUGACGUGUCUCUAUCAUAUUCGUCUAUACCUUACGAAGGUAUUGUACAAAUUACCAUUGAUGGUGGGACCAAGAAUGUUUGUUGGCAAAGUUUACAACAAAAUGUCAACGCCCUAGACACUGUUUGUCAACAGCUGGCGGGCACUGGUUUCUACCACGUUCUAGUUAAUAUAUCUACUCCGACGGAUGCCAAAAAUGCAACAUUUUCUGGAAGUAUAAACUGUAAUUCUGACAGAUACUUAUCCCAGUGUUCAAUUACUGCUUCGACCACCGCCGAAAGUUGUUCUGAGUUAGCAUACAUACAAUGUAAGUGUGGUAAAAUGAAACGAAUAGAAUGCAGAGAUAAAAGAAAGGAGAGGAAAGAAUAUAAAAAGAAAUAGAAAGUAAAUAGUUAGAGGAAGAAUGAAAGAACAACCUCAUUGGGGUCAAUCUGCAUGAUCGUUCAUCAAAAUCUAGAAUGCUUAACUUUUUGUUUUCAUAUUUUAGGUGGUUACUGGUUGGAGACCUAUUAUAGAGCAUAUAAACCACUGUUAGAAGAUAAGCGAAGAUCUCCAGAUUCGUUAUUUAGUGCUAGUGCUUCUUCAGAAGGUCACAGUGCUUCUGAUGCAAGAAUAUCUAGUGGUAGUUCUUGGUGUGCUCCUGUCUCGGAUGAAAAACAUUAUCUUCAAGUGGACUUAGGAGGACAGUAUUAUGUCAUGCUUCUCGCAACAUAUGGUGACAGUACCAGCCCAAAAUGGGUGGCCUCGUAUAACCUGAGUUACACCAUUGACUUGGCCAUGGUAAACUGGAAAACUAGAACCAGGGUGAGAAAGAAUGAUAUAACUAACAAUAAUAAUGUCAUAACAUGUACUUAUUUAGCCUAUUACUUGAUUUCUCUUUGUUAACGAUGCAUUUCUCACUAUUCGUAUUUGUAGAUUCAAGGAAAUAAGAAUGCUUACGAUUAUUUAGCGUGGGGUUCUUCACGUGUUGUCGCAAGAGCUUUACGAUUCAUUCCAUUGACAUACGUAGGUCAACCGUGUAUGAGAGUUGAGGUUUGGGGUCAAAGUAAGUUACUGUACAUAACUUAAUUGUAGUUAUAUAUUUCUUAAUUCUCAACUCGCCCUCACACAUUUUAUUAACUCUGCCAGGAGGUUUGUCUUCACUUGCUUGCAUGGGGACAGAAUAAAAGGCACACAGAAAGUCGAGUCGUCGACUGCUGCUGCCACGCCAUGAUUCGUCAUCAAAAUGCUGACGCCAUGGUCCUAGCCAUUGCGCCUUUGAGAGGCAUUCACGCCCUUGACGGCCGCCAUAUUGAAUAUUAUCAGGGGGUGAAUGUCUCUCAUAAGCGCACUUGGUUAGGACCAUGGCGUCAGCAUUUUGAUGACGAAUUACGGCUACGCCGUCGCCAAAAUCAUAGGAAAACCAAGAAUUCGACCUUCUGUUUGUCUCUAUUCUGUGGCAUGGGUUUGGUGUAUGUGCGUUUCUAUCUGUCGGCAGGAAAACUAAAAAACUAUUAAACAGUUUAAUACGAAAUUUUGUUAUGAACAGUUAAAGACCCCCCCCAAUAAAAAAAUGAAACCUGAUCAGAGUAAAACAGUAAUAUGACGAUUCUGCAGUGAACAAAAUUAGCAACAUUGUUGUCAAUGAAAUAUUCCUUACGUUAUAUUAUUAAUUUAAACUGGGGAGCUUCAGCGCCUGUCACGGUUUUCACAAGGGAGGUGAGCUGUCCUAAGAAUAGAUUGAGAUCUAGGAAUGUUCGGUAUGAGCAUUUUGCGGCAUCGGUAUACCGGAAAAAGUAUACCGAUUUUAUCAUUUUUCGCCUUUUCAAUGGACGAUUUGCGCUUUAGAAAAAAUUUAAUCUGGGAAUAACAAAGGAUAUUUUCGGAAAGAAGUUAUCAAAAUUAGAAAAACUGCAAAGUUUGGUUGCGAAAUGUUGUAAAAUACGGAAAAUAUAGCCCUGCGCAGUUGGCAAAUUUGUAUACAUUUCUGUUACGUGCGGAAAUUGGUAACUAAUUUAGUUAAUACCAAUUCACGCACGUAAUACAAAAGUAUACAAAUUUGCCAACUUUGAAGGGCUAUAUUUUCCGUAUUUUACAACAUUUCGCAACCAAACUUUGUAAUAUUACUAAUUCCCAGACGCUCUUUCUACCUGUGGUGAUAAAUUUCGUUGUUCUUACUUAGAUUAAAAUUUAGUCUAAAGCGCAAGUCGUCCAUUAGAUAGGAAAAUUCAUUAGUGGAAAAUGGAAAUUUGAAGGAAAUUUUGAUUUUGAAUAAUUUCAAAAGUGGAAACACCAUUUAUGGUCCUCUAUGUCUUGGUUAAAAAGCUAUCGCCAGGUAGUUCGACUAUGCUAAUUUGCCGACGAUUGUAGCCCUCACCAAAUCAUACAAACUGAAACAAUUUUUGCAGUAUUUUUUGUUGUCCAAAUUCUUCAAUUCGGUGGCAGAGAGUGCAUGAAAUGGCGUUUCCGAUCAUCAAUUUUUCACAUUUUUUCGGCCGGCUCCCUAGGCCUAGUUUUCAGCCCUACCAACUUUAACUAUCUUUCUACGAUCUUGCUGUGACAGUUCGGUCAUGUUUUGCCUGUCGUAUUGCGCUUGGCUGAAAACUACGGUGCCCAAAUUAGCUGAAAAUUGGCCUCCCCCAAACACCCGUUCGGCUGUCACUGCUGUUUUGCGGUAUGUUCGAUUCUCCUUUUACAAUAAUUUAUUACACAUUUCAAAAUUCUAUUUUUUUACUUUCCCCCAUAGUUUUCUUACCAGACAAACCAACAAACCUCACCGUCACUAACAUCACGUCAAGAAGUGCUGAAAUAUCCUGGUUAGAUCCUAAAGAUGAAGGACAUUAUGGUCUUGCAAGCUUUCGGAUUAAACUGAAGAAAUAUAACUCUGUAAUCUUGCACAUGACCAUAGGAAAAGUGAAUAAAUAUAAAAUACGUAAUCUCACUCCAGAUACUACUUAUGAAAUAUCUGUAGCUGCUGAAACGUACCAUUAUGUAUACGGAUUUGGUGAAGAGACCAAUACUUUGUUCUUAACAUCUGAAGAAGGUGAGUGUUAAAGAUGUGUGUUUUUCUGCCACGCAAAACAUGGUUCCUUUAUACACUCAACAUCUCUAUUUCAGUUACUAUGUCAAAUUUAAGUAGGCCUAAAAACAUCUGUUUAUACAUACACUUUAGCUCCAAGCGGUCCUCCAUUGAACAUCAGAACCACAUCAAGAAGUGCAUCGUCAUUGUCUUUUGCUUGGGAUCCUCCUGACACAACUAAACAAAAUGGCGUCAUUACCAGUUAUACAGUGUGUGUUUCGCAUUCAGAAAAUGGUCCUUGCUUUCAGACAUUUGUCACAUGUGAAAGAAAGUGGCUCGUUAUUAAUUUGAAUCCAUUAACAAAAUAUUAUGUUCGUGUUCUUGCAAGUACUAAAGUUGGUCAUGGAAACUACAGUGAAAGUAGAGAAUUUUUUACAAGUGGAAGUAAGUAAUCUUAUGUACUCGCUCUCACACACUUCAUUACCUUUGCCAGGUUUGUUUUGGUGUCCGUCUAUCUGAAUGUCAGCCGGAUAUUACGAAAUCUUGGUAUUGAACCAAUGAACCAUUGGCUGUGGAGCGCACUCUACUGUAGUUCAUCAUGAUAUUUUUUGUACAUCAGUAUCUGCCUCUUAUCUUCUGUAUUUGUACGAUUAUUUAUUACACAUUUAAACAUUCGAUUUUGUACUUUUUCAAAUAUAGUUUUGUUACCUAUACAUUUUACUGUCACUAACAUCAAGUCUAGAAGUGCUGAAAUAUCCUGGCCAGAUCUUAAAGAUCAUGAAAGAUUUGGUGUUUCGCGCUUUUGGAUCAAAGUGAAGAAAGAAAACUCCCCAAUUCUGAACAUUUUCACAGGAAAAGUGAAUAAAUAUAAAAUAAAUAAUCUCACUCCGUAUACUACAUAUGAAAUAUCUGUAGCUGCUGGCAAUGAUUAUGGUUUUGGUGAAGAGAGUAAUACUUCGUUCUCAACAUCUGAAGAAGGUGUGUUUUAAAAGAUAUGUGUUUUUCGGCAAGGUAGCCUGUGUACAGACGCUAUUCGUGGAGAGUAACGUCUGUAAAACAUGGUUCCUUUAUACACUCAUGCAAAAUGUCUGCUUCAGUUAAUACAUAAAAUUUAAUUAAAAACUCUUGUUUUAUAUACACUUUAGCUCCAAGCGGUCCUCCAUUGAACAUCAGAACCACAUCAAGAAGUGCAUCGUCAUUGUCUUUUGCUUGGGAUCCUCCUCAUACAACUAAACAAAACGGCAUCAUUAUCAGUUAUACAGCGUGUGUUUCACAUUCAGAAAAUGAGCCUUGCUUUCUGACAUUCAUUACAAGUAAAAGGAGAUGGCUUGUUGUUAAUUUGAGUCCAUUAACAAAAUAUUUUGUUCGUGUUCUUGCAAGUACUAAAGUUGGUCAUGGAAACUACAGUGAAAGUAAAGGAUUUUUUACGAGUGGAAGUAAGUACAAGUCCCAUGUCGUAUGUUGUAAAUAUCGCUAUUUUCCGGUUUGUGGUCCCAUAAGAAAAAAGUUGUUCAGAACUUUACAUUUACCAUUUGGAUCAGUUACUUUAUGCACGUUUUAGAUAACAGUUCACUUUUUCCUACAGGGCCGGCUGAGAAAGCCAUUGCUGAAACAUCAAGUACACUCACAUUUUCAUUGAAGAUUCCAUCAGAAACGUUUGUGUAAGUAUAUCUGACUUUUCCAUGCGGAUAAAUAGUUGAUAAUUACUAUAUAAUAUAUUAUUUGGUUUAUAUGAAGAAGGCAAAUUUUGAUUGAUAGAUAUUUCUACGUGGUGGCUUCGAAAUUAAAAGACGGCAAAGAGCCUGCAUCAUCUGACAGUUACGAGAACAGCGAGUUAGUGACGUAUGCCGAGGCAGGAAAGUCGACCAAUCCGAAACCUUAUAUUGCUGCAGUGGUUACAUCCAGCGGUGUUGAUGGGAACAUGUUUAUACUUGGUGAUGGCAGAAAUACAGAUAAUCCAACUACACGAAAACAGAGGUCAACUACAAGUGAUUAUUUUAAUGGUCCGUUGCAGCCUGGCACUAGUUAUAGUGUUUUUCAAAGGAUUAUUAUCAAUGAAAUGGUAUGUAUUGGGGUGGGGCAGCAGACUUUCAGUUCAAGCAAACGAAAGGGAAAAUUGAAGCGUACUCAUGGGGGCAAAUUUGAGUUUACACUUACAAUUUUUGCUGCGAUUUUAAGUCCGAUUUUUUCUUCUCAUUGAUGUGAACGGGCAAGUGAGUUGAGAAUGUUCUAAGUAUCUGAAUAUUCAUAACUCAUCCAUUCGUUCACAUUCAUCAAACAAGGAAAAUCACAACAAAAAUUUGCAAGUGUAAACGAGGGUUAAGAAAGAAAAACAAAAACGAGCAAAAAGUAUUGCCACAUAUUCCCCUCAAUACGUUAUGACAUCAAUGUGUAGCUGGCUUGACAGAUGAAUAAAUUAAUAAAUUCUCGUCUUCUUUAUUAUAGGGUGAUUAUUAUUCCACUGACUGGAGUCCUCCAUCAAAAACGAGUGAAGGUACAGGUUUAUUUCUUCCAUAUAAUUUUAAUUUGAUAUCGAUUAUUGGGUUGGAUAAGUAAGUUUAGUCAUGAUAAAGUCAAUGAAAAUGAAUAAAAGCAGAUUGGAGUAGGAAUUUACAGUAACAGUAUUUUGUCACAAUUUUUAUUAAAUAGAUACAGGUAUAGUAUUGCAUUCCAGCUUUAUUUAAGAUCACACAUGUUGUAAAUUAUUAAUAAUUCAUGAGUAAAUUAGCCAACCAUAUUACUUUAUUUUGCCCACAUGAUAAUACUGGAUGAAACAUAUUGAUCCAGUCCUAGGACUGAAUCAAAAUUAAUUCACCACACUUGUAGUGAUUUAUUCGUAUGAGAUGUAACAUUUGAAAUCCGACUAUGAGGACUGGACUAGAUUUCAAGUCAGCGUAAUUUGAUCAAGUCCGAGGCAAAGCCGAGUAUUGGAUCAAAAUGCGAGGACUUGAAAUCUAGUCCAGUCCGAAUUGGAGGAUUUGAAAUAUUACUUCAAAUUUCAGGUCAAGUUCCAAGUGACGUUCCAGACACGGACGACAAUGAUGAUGGUUCAAAAAACUAUCUUUUUGGAAUGAUAGCAUUAGCAAUAUUGCUGGUCAUUGUAGGUACUAUUAUCGCUUUAUAUUUUAUUUGUCAAAAUCAUCGACGCAAAUCAUCAAGCACUAAAGCAAAUGUGGAGAAGACAAAUGACGUAAGUAAUUCACAAUAUAUUUAUGAUGAUGUCGGCAAUUAUGAACAAGUAGACGAUGAACAAUCGACGUAUACAGGUCUCAAUAGGCCUGGGGAAGUAAUUGAUGAUCAUUUGUAUGCUCAUUUAAAUGACGUAACACAAAAUAUGUACGCAGAUCAGAAGGAAACUGGAUUUUAAUGUUUUAUCAAUGUAUAGUCAAUCAAGAUAUGGUCUGCCGCAAAUUUCAAAGUGUCUACAACGAACUAGGAUUUUAUGUUGGAAACACAGCUUCACUAUGAAUAAAUCUUCUCAACUUUUGCUUGUUAAUAUUUUCACUGUACGUUUGUGCCAUUGGAUGGUUGCUUCACUGUUAUGCCAAAAAUCAAUCUCUCUACUGUGCACAAAUUUACAUAGAAAUAAACAAAAAAAUGGAACAAAUUUAAAACUCUCUCCAGAUCAUAUCUUCAUUGACUAUGCUUUAGACAAAAAACUUGUUCUUCGUUGUCUGAUUUUGCUCGGCAAUUCUGUGCAAUGAAAUGUAGAUGAAUCAAUUUUGUAAUAAUAAUACAAUAAUGUAGCAGACGUAAUUGAUACUAAUAACUAAUUGAUAUAUUCUAAUUAAGGACUUGGAAUUAAUUAGCCAAGUACCGUGCGUAAUAAUUAAGCAGACGUACGUAAUUGAUACUGAUUACUAAUUUCAACUAAUUACAGUGUUCUAAUAACGCAUUGAGUCUGGGAAAGUUUGAUGGUCAAUCCAUGUGUAUAUGUACUUAAUGUGUAUUGUUACUAAUGGAGUGAGUGCUAAAUGUUUCCAUUACUCUCUGACAGUUGUUUUCCUUCCAGAAAUUACACUUUCACAUGUACUUGGCGAAACACAUCCAUAUGAAUAUUAUCGUAAUCAUUGUCUCGGCAACCAACGCGCAGCACUCCGAUAUCUUGGCAUUACCAUUAUCAGAUCCAUAUGAAAUUGAAAGUGUCUCACAGUAGAACUCGACAAACUUCUACUUCGAGCCAAACUGUCCUUGACUAACUUUGUUUGAGAUCAAAUCCAAGCAAAGCUUCGGCGAUGGCAGUUGUUAAAGAUAAUAAUUGAAAAGGUCUGUGUUUUACAAUUUCUUCAGCGUAUGGUAAUGAAUCCGUUAUGAAGAAAUUUUCAAAAGGAACAUCUGAUGCCGUGAAUCGUUUCCAGGACUCUUGUGGAAACACGCCAUGAGUGACGUAAGCACUAAUUUUGGUCGCCCCAGCUUUCUUCAGGG